GAUAACAAUUUUAUUUUCAAUUUUCAGUUUUCAUCAACCGUUUUACUUACUCUCGGUUAUUCAUCCUCGAAUAGAUUAUUAAAAAUCUAGUAAUUUACAAAUUAAAAUGUUGAUUGUGCAUAUUUAUUAGGGAUAGUUUAUCAAAGAUUGAAUCAUGGCUCCUAUGGCAGAAUACAACGAAAAGUUGGAGAUAGUCACUGAAGAAGUAUCAAUAUGCAAACUUCUCACCUCGAACGACUUGAAAGUCAGAAAACGUGGAAUAUCUUCUUUGAAGAAAUGGUUUCGUGAAAUUGGCUCGAAAAAAGGUGUAGAAGAAGAUGAUUUUAUUCGUAUUUGGAGUGGACUUUUUUACUACGUUUGGAUGUCUGAUAAACCAUUGGUGCAGGAAGAAGCCGCCGAAUGUGUUAGCAGUAUGAUGCAUAUCCUAGAUAAUUACGAAGCAGCGAUGUACUAUGUUAGAGGAUUUUUUAAUUCAUUAGUUAAGCAAUGGGAUCGUAUAAGCCAUUACAGAAUCGAUAAAUUCUUGAUGUUAGUUCGUCGUUUCUUGAGACAAAUCCUUAUGCUGCUGAGAAAUCACGAAUGGGAUAUUGAAAAACUUGAAAUGUUUAGUAAAGAGUUGUAUGCCGCAAUUCAAAUUUUACCUUAUAGUUUAGCUUUACAUGUGAACGAAAUUUUUAAUGAAGAAGUUGCCAAAAUCUCUAAAGGUAAAAUAUCAACUGAUGCGUUGGUAGUAUUAUAUAAAGGAUACUUCGAAUGUAUUGCGAAUCUGAAACCGACAAUGCAAAUUGUGAAUAGUAUUCAGGCGAAUAUUUUCGGUGGCUUAGUUCGUCAGCUUAAAUUGUGCAUUAAACAAAAAGCUCUAAGUGAAGACUGCGAUGAUGAGACUAAUGACGAAAAGACUGGCUUCGAUGACGAAAAAGUGAACACAAGUGCUUUAGAUCCAAGACCCGGAGGUGUAGAUGUUUUUCUUCCUUAUAUCGAGUUUGAUGAACACGUUGUCGUGAAAUUUAUUGAGCAGUACAUAUCAAAACCGGACGUUCCCAUCAAAGCUAAAAAUAUCCUAAAUCAAAUUAUCCCAAUGUUCACCAGCAUUUCGAAAUUAAGAUCAUCAGUUACCGAUACCGAUAAACUUAUUCGUGAGAUGACAGAAAAUCCAAAAUUGAAAAAACCCAAACAAACCCUGACAAAAUUGAUAAAAGAAUCGUGUCGAAAAUUAGAAGAAGAAGAUGAAGAUGAAACCCAGCACGAAGAAAGAGUCUUGAAAAAGUUACGUAACCUGACCGAUUUGAUUCAAAUACCUGCUGGUAAAUCUACGUUCACGGUGGUGCAAGCGAAAACAAACAUAAAGGAAACAACGAAAAGAACCUCCAUCUCAAGCGACUGGAGUGUUACAGAAUCUGUUGAGAAACCCAGUCCUCCUAAGAAAGCCAGCAUUAGUGGCAAUUCGGAGAACUGGGUCGUUGAAGAGAAUAAGAAAUCACCGAUUUUCGAAAGUAAAAGCAGAAUCGUUGAUCCAGUGCCCAUUACAGAACAGUCCAAAUCAACAAAUGAAAAUGACGAAUCAGACAUUUGCUUGGAAAUAGACGAAAACACAAUUGAAGAACUUGCUUCGACGCACGAAGACGAGCAUAAAAAUGAAGAUCAAGGCACUGCGACUGCUGAGAAAGAAGAGAACGAAUUGAAUCAAAAAUGUGAAAUCUCGUCGGACUCUGAAAUCAAUUAUGAGAAAAGAUCAAGUGAAGAACUUUGCAACAACUCACUUUCUGUUUCAUUUUCCGAUAAACCUGCUGUGCAAUUGUACGAAGAAGAUGAUGUUAAAGAUAAAGCCAACGAUGCAGAAAGCGAAACCAUUGUACCAGCGUCGCUUGUAAAAUCACAUCCAAAAUUGAUGAAAAAAGACCGAGACUACGUUGUCGUUGAUUUUCAAUCUGAAGCUGAUGAUGAAGAAGUGUCUCAAGAACUCCAAGUGCCUCACGAACCUGAAAAGGCUACUGGAACGCUCCGUUGUAGAGAAAUCGAAUCUACUCCUGCUCCCGUAUCAACCCCAGUUUCUAAAAGAACGAGAAAACCCCGUGAAAGUACAGCCGAGCCUGCCAGAAAAAGUCUCAGAAUUGCUGAAAAACAGAAAAAAGUCCUGUUUAAAUUGGAAGAUAACCGGUGUCAAGAUAUUCCGUUGUAUGAAAAAGUUCUUAAAUCGAAGCCAGAAUUACAUUUCCUUAGCUCAAAGAAACCCACCAGCGGUAUACUUAAGCCAUUUGCUGUUACUACUCCGAUCAAUCCUUUCUAUUUUGUUAAUGGCGAAAAUAAAUUCAAACGAAAAAGGAAAUAGAAUAAACGAAUAUUUAAUUCGGUGCUGAUGUAAGUAAAUCAAAAUCGUGCUAAGUAUUUCUAUUUUUCUGUCUUACCUUACCUACAUGUACUGAAUCGAAAAAUUCGGUUUUUUACGUAGUUUAUCUCCUGUGGAGAGAAUCAAUGUGAUUUAAUACAUUUGUUUUUUUAAAUAAUUUUUUUGUACUAUGCUCGAUGUCCGUAUAAUUUUCUGAUAUCCGUUGAUUUCAUUCUGUUUUUAUUUUAGUUGAACU